GCGCUAAUCUGGGUAACGGCUGACCAUUUAGAUACACUCUUAGGCAAUUGUAAACAGAUCGGUGAUAUGUUGGAUAUCGAGGGCUCUGAAUAUCUAUCUGAUGAUGAGCUUAGCAAAUCUAUUAAAACAAAGUUAGAAGAGCAACGUUAUUUAGUUGUUGUUGAUGAUGUUUCUAGUGAAGAAAUAAGAGAUGUCAUUGGAAGAUUCAUGCCGGAUUAUAAUGCUGACAUAAUUGUUACCAGUCACUACAAUGACUGGGAUUAUUGUAAAUUACUCGUAAGACAAUGCACCGAAAAUGAUGCCAUCGCUAUCGCAGAACAUAUUCUGAAAAAAAAGGGGGGCAAAUAUAUAGACUCAGCACAUUUGAAAGAACUGGUCGCAUACUUCGAAUGCAAUAUUUUGUGGGUAACACAGGCGGCAAAUUAUAUCUCGGAAAAUUUAGGUAGUAAUGUGGUUUCUUACUUAAAUAACCAACAGAAGUCAGGACAACCUUUGAGUGACUAUUGUAAAAAUCCACAACAAGCAUUAUUGGCUA